UCUCGCCCCAUUACCACGUCUGACUCUGAGCGCCGUUACACACUCACUGCCGCCUCUUUUGGGUACUCAAAUGGACGUGAGCGGGUGCCGUACAAACCCAGCCUCGGCGGCGCCACAUACUCGCCAGGCGAUUGCAGACGAAAUAACCCGCUUUUCAAACUACCUCGUCGACCUCAAAUCGCGUUUGAACCGCCUCGCACCCAUAUCUGAGCUCCCUACGGAAAUCCUCUCCGAGGUCUUUUUGUAUACGGCUGCCGUCGACGGCAGUGAUGCAUAUUACAGCAUGUGGUCGACUGAGACACCCUAUGACUGGAUACGCGUGUCCCAUGUCUGCAAGCACUGGCGCUCCGUGGCACUGAACUGCCCUGCCCUCUGGUGCAACUUGACGGUGAUGCGGCGCGAGUGGACGGCGGAGGUACUGGCACGGUCCAAGAAGGCACCCCUGUACGUGACCAUGACUUCCCCGGUGACAGGCAUAUCGAUGCUUGAACUCUUGCGAGGCUCGUUGCCCGAAGACUCGGAGGAGACAGUGGCGUUGGUGUUAUCGCACCUGGCCCGUAUGCGCUCCUUGUCCGUCACUGUCAAACGCCCGUUCACGAACAGGACGUUGCAAUUGCUGGACGGACCGGUUCCGCUUCUCGAAUCGUUGACCAUCCGGUGCGAAUAUACCGAACACGUGUCCUCCACCGAGCACGACUAUAUCCACCCACUACUGCACCGUGCUGGUGCCCACCGUCUCCGGCGCCUUGAGCUGCACGAUCUUCGUUUGCAAUGGAACCAAUUUCUGUUGCCGCAACUGACGCAUUUGACCAUCACCUCCGUACAACAACGAGACACACCACUUGUCGACGUGCAGACUAUGCUCGAUGCCCUCUCCCAGAUGAGCCUUCUCGAGGAGUUUGUCAUGGAGACAUCGCUAACUGCACCGGUCGACCGAACAGUGGUCCCGAAGGCUUCGACCCGAGCGUCUUUGCCAUAUCUACGACAUCUACGUGUCCGGGAAACUCCAUCCAAUUGCGCCUGCCUCCUCAAGUAUUUGGAGACCCCUUCGCUGUCGCGCCUUUCUCUGCAAUUAGAAGGGGACUCAAUGCCACUUGGUGCUGCACUCCUCGCCGCUGUGGCGACCAAGAUGGCUAGCUUGGGGACUCUCUUGACUCUCCAUGCUAACUUCUCCGGCCAUUUGUCAAAAUGCGUCCACUUGAAAGCAUAUCCAAAAGAAAUCGACCAUCACGCGAUGCGGGGUGCUGGAACCGUGCUCGACAAGUACACUCCUGACUUCGAGCUACGCUCCGAUCGGAUGGUUGAUGUUGGCACCGUGAUUAUGGAUAUCUGCCGACUCUUCCCUAUCCGCGACAUCCGCAACCUCUUCAUCACAGCCCGCUGGUUUCCGCUGGCCGCAUGGCGCACCCUUCUCCAUUCGACAGACAAGGUCACAGAGCUUUUUGUCAUCAACUCCGCGUCGUGCAACUGGCUCUCGGAGGUGCUACUCGAGCGACGCCUUGGAGAGCGGAAGGAAACCGGCGAGGGCCAUUUCUAUCAUUACGUCCUCCCACAACUCCGCCGCCUCACAUUGAUGGAAUGUUUCUUCAGCCAUCACGGCUAUGAUGACUUCAUCCCAGGGAUUCCUGUCGAAGACGAUGCGAGACUCGUCGAUGGCCUUCUCGAUUGUUUCAUGGACCGGUACGAGUGUGGCGCCGAGAUUGAACAACUACGCAUCGUCCACCCUGUCAACGUUGAUAGGGAGGAGAUCGAUCUGUUGAAUGAAGUCGUGCGCGACGUGGAUUGGGAUGGCACCAUCGACUACCAACGAAACGCCACAACCAUAGACGACUAUCACUGGGAGGAUGAUUUGUUUGGCGGCCAGUUCUUGGCGGUCGAUGGAGACGAGGAGGCAUUAGUAUGGCAAGAUUUCAUGUAAUCUGACUUGCCUGAUUACAGUGUUGUACGAUUCCCACAUGUCAUGUACAUCGAGCCCUAGGGCCCUAACAUUGAAGUCUCUUUUGUAGCUACUCUACCUCACAUGAUGAAAGCCAGGGUAGUCAAUAGUACUGUGCGAGUUACUGCCGAGGAUCCUGACGACGGUAAAUGUCGCUACUCCGAUGUAGGCGCAUCGCGCUCAGCAUGUGUAACCAGUUGGCCCAAGCCUGUUCAGUG